AUGCCCGCACCACUAGCCAAGGGAAUCUUGAUUUCACUCUCCAUACUUGCCGCUGUUGGAAUAGCAGUUUAUGAGAACCCUCAAGUCAAGGAAUGGGUGGAAGAACAGCGACGCAAGAUCACCGAGUUCCUCCGCACCUUUGGAGACGAACUGGACCCACAAUCAAGACGAGAGGCAGAAGCAUUUGCCUACGAGGGACGCUUACCAACACAAACCCGCGAGGAAGCUGCGGGAACAGCGAGUGCUAUCGCUAGAGCUACUGGUAGAGAGACGACGGACGACUCAAUCACUAGACGAAACAGGACAAGCCUCACGCCGCAGAGUCCUGAUGAAGCUGAGGAGAGGAGGCGGCUCGGUAGAGAGUAUCUGGCCAAAAGAAAUCAAGAGAUGCUCGAUCUAAAGGAGAAGCAGAAGAUGAGAAGGAGCACAUCAGGACUGUCGGACAAGACACCUCCCUCACCAACAUUCGAUCAGCUCGUUAACGUCGACGGUUCCCUGAAGACGGAUGAGAAAAACACGCAAGAGGAAGGCGAGGAAUUCAACGAGAAGACGCUUGACCUCCCGUCAGUACCCACCGACGAGCCCAAGUCCCUUCGAAGCAUACCUGUCCAAGAAGCCAACGUGGUAGAGACUGCCUUCAACACUGGAUCUCGCUACGCAAAUCCUUUCGGCGACGAGUUCGAACUCUCGGGUACCCUCGACUCACGCUCACCAACACCGAAGCCUCCAGUACCGCCUAAGAUCGCCAUCGAAGACACAAACAAGGUCCGCAGGCUGUCUGUCACACAAAAGAGCCUUCGAGUCACGGCACGUCUGCCAGCGAUAAUCCCUGCUCCUAUGGUCAUCCCACCUUAUGAUCCUGUCCACGAAGCUGCUGCCGCUCCUACCCAACAAGAAUCACAAACACCUCACCAUCCACACACACCCACUACCGCCACCUUCUCGUCUCCAGAGGUUGAGCGGGACGCCAUCUCCUUCUCCUCCGCUUCAUCUACUACCGAUGACUUUGCCUCUGCACCUGCCAGUGUGGCAGCUAGCGAGAUGAGUCUGAUCGAUUUCGGCGAGGUAGAGAGCGUGGACAGUGGUGAGGAGAGCGAACCUGACGGUGUCUUGACACCAGGCAGCUGGACAGACGUUGGCAGUGAUGUUGGGAGCGAGGACCAGGAGAAUCACAGGCUUGCUUGA